AUGACGGAUUUCGAAAAAUGGGACAGGUUCGACGCGGACGCCGCUGAAAAGGAGAUAGAACGAAAGGCGGUCGUUGAGGAGGCGAAGCGUGUGAUCAUCGCGGAAGAGCAAUUGGUUCUCAAGUACUGCCAAGAUCGUGCCGCUAGGCUCAAGUCGGAGGCCGUGGUAAGCGCGCUGAAAGCCAAACGCGGGUCACGACGACGAUCCGCUACUACCACCGAAGCCACAGGCAACACCGAAGACGGGGUCUCGUUGGACGGGGCGCCGAAGAACGUUGGCGCUUUGGUUGCGAGGACGAGCGCCGAUGAGGCGCAUGCGAUCUUGAAGGGAUUGCGACGGGGCCUCGAGCUGAGGGACGAGAUCGUCGCCGAUGCUGAGGCAGGGAACUUUCAUCGAGGAACACGGACAGCUCGUGAGUGUCUCGUCGAGCUAAGCGCUGCGCAGAAACUCCUCGGCAAGGUUGUGGCCGUGGUGUCGCCAGGUGACACUGGUGACAACCACGGCUCAGCAACGCAAGGGGCGGCGGGUGCUACCGGCGGGACGUGCUGUGGCCACGGCGGCCACGAUCACGCACACGCUCACGCACAUCACGGGCACGCGCACAGCGUUGACACCGGACACGUGGGACAGGGCUGCGCUUCCGACAGCGGUGGUGGGGUGCGCGGUAAGUCGGCUGCGACUGGCGUGCCAGCGCAAGCGGACGGUAGGGAAAAUGACGAACCGGAGGAGAUCCCCAAGGCUUUGGAGGUCUUGCGCCGUGCCAAGGCCGCGUGUAGGGUGGCGGAAGCGGCGUGUCUGCUGCGCGGGGGGCGUGUGGCCCAGUCUACUGAAGUCUUGCGGGAACUCCUCUUUGAGGACUCCAAGAGUGUCGCGGCCUGGGUAGCCCGUGGAGAAUCAUUCCUUGCAAUGAACGCCCCGUUGCUAGCUGGACUGCACUUCGACCGAGCACUCGAACUCGAUAAAGGGUGCGUGGCUGCUGCAACUCACAAGCAAAACCUGCGGCACGUUUCAUCGAAAGGUACAUCGGCAGCGUCAGCGGCUUGUGCUGACGAGUCGCAUCAAACGCCCGCUGCUGCCGGGGACACAGAUGCCGCCCCGCAGAAGAUGACGAUUCACCAUGGGUCUCCCACAAACUUGUCCUCGCGUGUAGGAUGUGGCGGCAAUGUUGGCGACCAAGGGAGCCUAGCGGUGGCAGGCGACGUCGGUGUCGAGACGCCGGCGCCGGCGGAGGACGGGGCAAUAUUCACAACGGAGGCGACGGAAGACCCCGCGGUGGCAGCGGAAACGCCGGAUGAAGAGGGAAACCCAGGGGUUGCGCCAACAGCAGCGGCUUCUUCUUCGGCAGGAGGGGACCGGGCGGCUGCGAGGGGUGUGAACGACGAUGGCGGGAGUGUGACAGAGGACGUUCGACGCUUCGUCGCCGCCGCUUGCGAGGACUACCGCGCGGGCGUGGUUCUCCACCAGGAGGGGUUCCUGUCCUCCUCCCGGCAGAGAUUUCUACGAGUGUUGGAAGCACUGGACAAGGCUACGGCGGCAGGUUUGGGGAUGCAUGCGGCAGUGGCGCGGCAAGAUAAAGGAGGAGAGUCAGCGGCUGGGCAAAGUCCAUCUGAAAAGGCUGGGUGUGGUGAUGGGUGUGAGGGACUCGACGGAAAGAGCGAGGAAGCGUCGUCAGGGUCACAAGUACGGGCGACUUCAAAGUGUGGAGGUGAACGCGGCAAAGGCGGCCAUGCAGUGACGGUGGUACGGAAUAUGCGCGUGGGGUGCCAUCUCAACAUCGCCGCUUCCUUUUUGCUGCGCAAAACCGACUUGGAAUCGGCAGCGAUUCAUUGCACAAGAGCUCUGGUUGUCGAGCCCGGGAACAGCCGAGCGCUCGUUCGCCGGGCCCAAGCGCACCAAGAGCUAGGCUACUUCCGCCUAGCGGUGGAGGAUCUCGAGGCGGCAGAAGCAUCGGUUUUGGCAUCAGUUCGAGAUGGCCAUCGCCGCGGGGAGGGGAGCGAAGCCCUGGCAGGGGAACUGGCGGAAGUUGUGAAACGCUUGGAGCACGCGAGAUGGACGAAGGUACAUGUCGGCAAUGGCAAUGACGAGCUGCCAAGAGUGUAGGUCAGGUUGACACGGACGGGCAGUGAUUACCGAUGGGACAAAGAAGCACGCGACAUCUUGGAGAUGAAGAGAUGGCCGCAGACUACCCCGGCGUUCCUUGUGUUGUUACCGAAC